UCCUGAUAAAAAAAAUAAUGAACAAGAUGAUAAAAAACCCGAAGAAAAGAAACCAGAUGAUUAUAAACCAGAUGAUCAAAAUCUUAAUAAACCAAAUGAACAACAACCAAAUACAAAUAAUGCUGACUCGCCAAUUAUUAUUAUACCACCUACUCAAUAUUAUUAUUUCAUACCAACUAAGUAA